UACAAAAUUAGCUCCAAAAUGCCAUUAAAGAGCGUUAUGAUAACAUGACACAAACAAUUUAUCUUAAUAAAUUAUGCAAGGAUUGUACAAUGGGUAUAUAUUAAGAUUCAGUACACAGUAACAUUACUUGCUCUUUGUAGUGAAUAAAUGUCAGAGAAAAAAUCAAAUGACGUAUUGUUAUCUGGAGAUCUUGAUGACAACUCGCCUUUGUAUCAAUCACUUCUAGUAGAUAAUUCACAAGAUGAAUUUCACAAACAUUCUGGACCAGAAAGUCAUUUAGUUGCUCCCAAAGCAGGAUGGUGUUUAAAAACAUGGACAUUAGACAGCAAAAAGAUAUUUUUAAACAUAUGCACUUCCGACCUGGUUUUAAAACCAAAAGAUUUAUCGGAAGAUGAAGUACGUAAAAUAAUUGAUUCCGAAGAUCCAACAAAGUUUCGAAUACCCAUGGGAAUUGGGGAGCCUCACAAAGAGCAUGACCAAACUGGAAAAGAUGUCGAUACCUACGAUAUAGUCAUUCAUCCAGAAUUCUUCGACAAAUGUAAACGAAUCGCAUAUUUUAAAGAGCUCUUUAUCAUGUUGGUAUUUGAAGGGUUGGAAGGAAAGUACGAUGUUAAGCUGUGUCGGGAAUAUAAAAUUCUGAAAAACAGAAAGGCGAUGGGAACUUUGCAAAUGCAAAAUGUCCGAAGCAAAAGUAAGCCUGUCAUUAUGGAGAUGGAUCCUAUCAUGUAUGAAAUGGAAAAAGAAUAUUUAGAGGAUCAAAAAUUAAAGCCAGACAUCACCGAGGUAUCCUCAACAAAAAUGAAACCUACAACUUCAAGUAUCAAACCAAAAUAUACCAUGCUACAAGAACCAGAAACUGGAUACCCACAAUUUCUUGUUGUUGAAGUAAAACUGCCAAGGCAAGAUACAGCAAACAAUGUUUUGUUAGAUGUAGGUGAAGAUCGUUUACUUCUGCAUGCAAGUGAUGGUAACUAUGUGUUGGAUCUUGAUCUUCCUUAUGACGUUAAUAACGAUGAAACAGGGGCACAAUUUGAUCGUAAAAAGAAGGCGUUGACAGUGACGAUGUCGGUACUACCCAAACGAUAAACUGCAAGAAUCUACGUUUCUUUUUGUUACCAAACAUGCUUUGCUUUAAAAAAAUGGAUGGCAUAUUCAUGCAGUUUACAAUGUUUUGACAGUUAUUGCAUUUGUAACGUUCUUGUUGAUGAUUUUUCAGAAUAGAUGAUUCAAAUCCCACGCA